AUGUCGUCAGGAUCGUGUCUAGAUGGUCUUGAAGAUGGGUUGACCACGGCGUGUGCAUGGGACUCGCGUAUAAAAGGCGAAUUUUUUCACCAAACAUGUUUCAGUAUUUCUCUCACGCAAGUUAAAAGUUUUAUCAACGACAUUAAAUCUCUUGUCAAGAUCGAACCGAAAUCUCUAUGCGGGCUUGAACUCUACUAUGGCGUCCUAAUGCGUUAUGUCACAUCCUCUCCGGCUUAUCUUGGAAAAGAAACGGAAGCCAUAGACUUUGAUAUAACAUAUUACCGAGCUAAAGAUCCUUUAACACCGCGACUCUAUGAAGAUUUUAUCGAAGAAAUCGAGCAGAUAGCAUUGUUCAAGUACAAUGCAUUGCCACAUUGGGGUAAGAAUAGAAACUUAGCAUUUGAUGGAGUGAUUACCAAGUACAAGAACGCGCCCGCAUUCUUGAAAGUAAAGGAGAGUUAUGAUCCAAAAGGUUUAUUCUCGAGCGAGUGGACGGAUCAGAUCCUAGGGGUCAAAGGAAACACGACGAUAGUAAAAGAUGGAUGCGCACUGGAGGGUCUCUGUAUAUGUUCGGAGGAUGCUCAUUGCGCUCCCACCAAAGGCUAUUUGUGUCGACCAGGAAAAGUUUACUAUGAGGCUACAGUUUGUACACAUGUUGGCUAA